AUGUCAUGGGCCGAUGAUCUGAAGGUCCAGACUGGAGCUGACGAAAACCUCCGCUCACCUAAUUCUGAGUCUGGAGGCAGCAGUGCAGUCCAUGACGGAGGCGAUUCUGGCCAACUGCAGCAGAGACGGCAGCACGGUCUAGCCUGUUCAGAAGCCACAAAUCAGGAUCAACUUUUCAAAGACGUCGGAUCUAAGUUCCUUUCCCCCAGUCAUCAUUCAGGAGAGGAAGAUACGGCCGAUUCGACAGCGACGACACUGCGGGAGCAUUCGCCGUCCCCAGCCAGCUUCGAAAGCAGAAUUCGGGGUGCACUCCAGGUCUCUUCUGGGAUACAAAAGAGAAGAUUUCUACCCUUCGACAAGUUUGACCAGAUCUUCACUUAUAAUUCAGUUUUGGAGGAGUUGCGGACUCACUAUAAAGACGAGACACAAGAGCAACUACAUGCUCUUGCGCGUCAAGUCUUUGAUGAGGUCGAACUUCCAAAAACCGGCUACACGUCGCGAAGAAAGAUUUUUGCAACCUUGGUUCGAAUAGACAAGGCGGCUGAGAUCACUCACUUCAUCAAGGAGGGCCUUUAUGACUCUGACCUCCCCUUCUACUUUCCAAGUGCCUAUGAGGAUCACAAGCCCGUGUAUCGAAGAACAGAACGAGGCGAGGAAAUCCCCAUCCAUUGUUUUAUGGUCCCCAGAUGGAGACCUUUUGACCGAGAGACGUUUGCGCAAUACCAAUGGGAGUUCCAAGCACCAUUCUUCAUUGUCACUCCCACCAAUGGUAGACGCGGGCGGCCUCGUCAUUAUACCUUGGAAAAUGACACUAUUCUUCCAUUCAUCGAAGACUACGAGGGAGAGGGACGAGGUGAUAUGAUCUCAGCUGGCUCCUCGGAAGUAUGGCGCGUUCGGAUACAUCGUGCCCACCACAGUCAUCCAUCGAGUGGAAAUCCUUAUUUUGCCGUGAAGCGUCUCAAACCCGACUAUCGCAAUCCCGACAUGUUCAAGCAGGAGGUCUCGACAUUGAAACGUUUGAGCGAGCAAGAUCACCCUCACUUGAUGAGACUCGAACUCACGUACUAUCAUCAAGAUCGAUAUCAUCUACUCUUCCGCUGGGCGGAUGGUAACUUGAGAGACUACUGGGAGAAGCACCCCGAGCCUGCGGACAUCCCCAGAACUCAUGAAUUUGCAGUAUGGGUCAGCAAACAGUGGCUUGGAAUCGCGGAGGCAUUGAUGACGAUACACGAAUGCCCUCCAGAUACUGGCGUUGUCGAAGAUGAUGCACCUGAUGCUCUGGCUCUUCUCAGGAUCAAUGGCAGGCAUGGAGAUAUCAAGCCUGAGAACAUUCUGUGGUUCCAACCUUACGAAUGCAACGGCGACCAAAGCGCCUUUGAAGGUAAAUUCGUCAUAUCAGACUUUGGUUUGACGGAAUUCCAUCGAGACGAAACGGGGAUGGUAGACCCUGUGAACUUGGCACGGUCCCCAACGUACCGCGCUCCUGAGUACGACGUCUCUGAGACCAUUUCGCAAAGCUAUGAUAUCUGGACGAUGGGAUGUGUCUUAUUGGAAUUCAUCGUCUGGUACAUCAAGGGUUUCCAAGCAUUCGACCAAUUUUCCAAGGAUCGAGCGGCUGAAGACAACGGACUCAUCAGAGAGGACGUCUAUUUCAAGCUGGUUAGGAAUGUGUAUCGAAACGAUGACAAAGUCUUGAGCGGGGCUGUUUUUAAGAAAGCGGUAGCAACGCAAUUCAACAGCCUGCGCGAACAUAUAAAAGCUACAGAACUACUUGUGGACGUUCUGGAAUUUAUAGAACAGAAAAUGCUCCGUAUGGACCCGGAGAAGAGGGCAACGUGCAAAGAAGUCGUCGAUGAAUUCCGCAAGAUUCAUGAGACUGCCCUAGCUAGUGAGGACUACUGUUUACAGCCAUCUCCUAGCAAACCGCAACGCGUCAAAACGGAUCUUUCGAUGCUUUCGCCUCAUUUGUUUGACCCAAACGAUAGCAAGGCGUCAAAUUCGAGGUCCGGCACGAUGAGGAGCCAAGAUCACGAUCAGCAUCGCAAUUCGCAGGAGGGCCACCAGGAGUCGAUUCGACCAACGGAAAGGCAAUUAUCCGAGGACGAGAAUAAGAUGCGGUUUAUUCCAAUCACCGAGGAGGCGCGAAACGGGCAACAUAUUGGCCAUGUCUCAAGGGGGGCACUUUCAAAAAAGAGAAGCUCGUCAGAAAGUGUGGAUCAAGCAGACAAAAGGCGCAACCCAGCCAGGGAAGAUGUGAAGGGAGAUGACAUAGAAGGGCGGGACUUCUUUUGUGCUAGUUGA